AGCUUGCGACAUGCCGCAAAGCCGCUCAGUCGUGCGUCAGCUCUCGUGCGGGUGGUAUCGUUUUCUCGUUUUCUCAGCAUUCCCUGUGGUGUAUAUCGUAACCGCGAGCACGAAAAAGCCCGCGUAGGCGUGGUGAACGCGUUGGCGCAUACGAACCACGCGGUUUUAACCGAAGAAGAAGCAAUCGUGCCCUGCUAAGGCGAGCGAACAUUAGCGGUGCGCGUCUUCGUCGUCCUCGAAAAUUGGAAUAGUCGAGGGUCACGUUUUGGUACUUGGACCAGUGUCAGAUCUCGGCUCGUCUGCACGGGAAAAUUCCCUGCUUGCCGUUCGAGGUCGUUCUCGUGGUAAAGUUUCACAGCGAUACACGUUUGGCCUGUCUUGGUUUCCCGUCGUGGACAACGGGCGUUUGUCGGCGGAGUUGUCGUAGUCGGGAGUAGGACUAUAGCGCGAGAAAAUAAAAACAGAGAAAAAGAGAGAGAGAGAGAGAGAGAGAGAGAGAGAGAGAGAGAGAAAGAGAAAGAGAGAGAGAGCCAGAGAGACAGAGACAAACAGACAGAGAGAGAGGAUCGAUUUGACGGAGAAUCGGAGAUAUCUUCGAUCGGGUAUAAAAGACGGUGAUAAUAGGAUUGCGGAAAGAUAUAUCGUAUCUGUGAUGUGCGAGUGAGCAAUGGAAUCACCAGUCAUGUACGAUUCAGCGGCCCAUCAGGCCCAGGCCCACGGUGCGGCCGACCUCAAGAAGACCCAGGUACUGAACAACAACAACAACCACCAGGGCAACAACAACAACAACAGCAACACGGCGAACAACAACAACUCGGCCCUACAGGUGAAUCACAAUCACAGCCAGCAGCAGAGCAGCUCGGUGGUGAGCAAGGUCUCAGCGAGCAAGGCUAGCCUUCACCAACAAUACGCGGAACACUGCGCGGCGGCCGGUGAGCUGACAGACCUGAACACACCGGAGAUAUCGUUAGAUCUGCAACACCUGAUCGACGACAGCCACUUCAACGACGGCCUGCUAGAUAUGCUAGGCGCGAACAACGGUGCGGUGAAACAUGUGAGAACGCCGGGUUAUCCGCGUACCACGCUCGCCUACAUGCCGCAACCCGUGCACAGCGGCGCAAGUUAUCACCAGGGCAGCAACAGCUGUAGCGAUAGCAACAGCUCGAGCUCCGAAUCGCCUAGCAUCAAAGAAGAACCGCUCGACCCGGCGGACUAUCGUCGUCACUGCCCGCAAUAUCCACCGGGUGGAUACAGUCCGGUGACAAACGGACCGUUCGCCAAUGGAGCACCAACCUUCACCACUCUGACCCCGUCCACGGUGCCCGGUGGCCACCCCGGCGCACCGGUCCAUCAACCACCACCUCGAGGCGGACCGAUGAAACCGGUGAUGGCGCAUCAACAUCACGCCAACACUGCCGCUGCUGUUGCCAGGAAACAGACCAAGGCCAUCGACAAAGCUAGCGACGAGUACAGAAGACGACGCGAGAGGAACAACAUCGCGGUGAGGAAAAGUCGCGAGAAGGCGAAGGUACGAUCGAGAGAGACGGAGGAGAAGGUGAAGCUGCUGGUGAAGGACAACGACCUGCUGAAAAAGAGGAUCGAACUGCUGACGGAGGAACUGAACGUUCUCAGGUCUCUGUUCAGCAGCGUCGGCGUGGUACCGGAACAGCUGCACCGCGAGAUCUCCAGGCACCUCGAUCAGUUCCAGCAACACGCGGUGGGACCCAUGUAGCGCACGACGACGUCAUCGUCGUCGAGCACCACGGUGGCAUCGCGCCGCCUCUAUUACGCCUUUCUCUCGUCCAUCGGCAUCGACCUUCGUCCCUUGCCUUUCAGGCCGAUACCAUUGCGAAAGAGAGUCAUUUCGAAGCGACUUCCGCUUUCCGGCCGGCCAGCCGAUCGUUGUCGCGCUCGAUCCUUUCGCGCCCGCGUCAUCCGGCUGGUAAAAGCAAAGGAAAACGGCGUUCCGGAUCGAACGCCGCGGACGUUGCUGCGUCUUUUGUCUCGUUUCCCGGAGUGGAGGACGCGAGGUGCACGUGCGUUCGUUGGAGAGAAACGGCACGCAGCAGCAGCAGCAGCAACAGCUCGCGGGCAGAAGAGAAGACGCGGUGGGAAUGGAAAACCGAGAGAAAGAUAGAGAGGGGAAGGGAGGAGGGCAGGAACGACGAAGAGAAUAAAAGAAGGAGGGAGAGGCGUGACUCGUUGGAAGAAGAGACGCUCGUCGGUUUCCCCGGGGAGAGCUUUCCGGCAGCUGGAACUUACGUCGACGCGACUUCACGCGACUCGACGCGUGCAAGAAAAGUGCCUCCGCUCAUUGGCGAACUUUUUUUACACCGAGUGCAUCGGACACUUUCCCAUUCGUCUGUACGCGACACGCAACGAAACGAAGAAAAAAGAUUUAGAAAAACGAAAAAAAAAAAAGAGAGCGAACAGAAGAUGCGAGGAAAUGAUUUUCGAGGCUCUCGCGUGGCCGCCGUGUCCGCAUAGGUCCCCCAUAUGUCCUCCCCUCUGCGCUGGGACCUAUCCGGGGUUACGCGGGAGAUAGAUGAAAAUUGACCGGGACGAACGAUCGAUUCGUUCGGUCUUCUUUGUUUCUUUUCUUUUUUCCUCCUUUCGUAUCUAUCUUCUAUCUUUUCCUUUCUUUUUUUUCUUUUGUUUCUUCUUUUUUUUCUGCUUUCUUUCUCAAAGUACGUAAGACUGGGUGGUGGUUACCGCGUGUCUCGCGGGUUCGCCACCUCAUUCGAUCGCGUAAUUCGCAACACGGAGACACGUUGCGAUUCUGAACGGAUCGCGCAUCGAUGUUGCACAGGCGCAUCGAUCACACUCUCGCAUACGUAACGCUCACACACGCGCGAGAGAACACUUGCAUUCGUUGCAGCGCGGUACUUGCAUGUACACGUGUACCAACACGUGCGCGCCUAUAUUUCAAUUCGUACGCAUGCAAAUUCGAUUCUCUCGACAUUACACAUUUUUGAUGCACCUUCCACUGAUCUUACAUACGCGUUCGAAGGAAAACGUACACGCGUAUAUACGUACAUACAUGCAUACACACAUACGCAAACGCGCGCGCGACGCAUAAGAAACGUACAAUGGUUACACGCAUAGCGACGAUGCGAUGGACGCGGUGCAUCCGUGCACCGCGUUGCGUUCAGAUUUUUAGAUAUCGACCGAUCAAAUUAGAUUAUCGUUCUCAUUACCAAGUACCUAAAAAAAGGCAUACCGAGAUACCGUAAUUCGCGAUCAGUACCGAUGCGACAACCACGUCAAUGCUACACCUUCUCGAUUCGUGCAUCGUAUUCUUCUCGACGGGGUGAAACCACGCGACCAUCCCCCCACCCCUCCGUAACAAAAAAAAAAAAAAAAAAAAA